GCAGCUUUAAAAGUUCUUAACAUAUACCUAACAGACGAUCAAAAGAAAAGAAUAAUUUCAAAAGUUUCAAAUCUUCAAAUCAGUUGUAUGAGGAUAGUCUUUAUAAAUUUUGGAAUUUUUGUAAUGAUCAUGCCCAGGAAAGAAUAGAUAGAAGCGAAAGUUUUAAUAACUUGGUUUCUACAGAAGAUGAUCUAGAUUUAAUGCCAAUGAAAUUCGAUGAUAUUACUAUUUCCAAUGAAGUAGUAUUGUUGGAUGACGGAUCUGGUUGUUCAUUUUGGGCAAGUGACGAUACGACAAUAGCAACAACAGAAAGCACUGAAACUGUGGGAAUGACAAAUUAUUUAAACAUUUUGACAGACAAAAGUAUGAGUGAACCGAAAGACAAUAUCAAUGCAAAAAUCGAUUCAGAACAUGUAAUUUUGAAUAGCUCUUUCGACAGAAACCACUCAGAUGACCGUUGUGAGAAUAAUGAUAUUGAUAGCAAAGGAACUGAUGAAUCAGUAUUAAAUCAAAAUGAUAUCAAAAUCAAAGACGAUAGGUUAAUGGAACAUAACGAAGGCAGACAUUCGCAGGAAGCCUUUAGAGCAGAGGAUGUGUGUCAAAUCAGAACCAAAGAAAUAUCUGAGAUAAGUCAUAAUGUGAUAUUAAAUAAUAGCGAUAAACUUGUAAAGACUGAAGAAAAUGCUAAAGAUAACAAUUCCGUUGUGACGCAAAAGACUGAUGAAUCACUCAACAUUAAAGUUGACAACAAAUUAGAUAGUGGCAUAAAAGAAAACUCGAAAGAAAAUAUUGAAGCGAACAAUUAUUUAUGUUGUUUUACUCAUUAUUUGUACAAUAAAAUGCCUUAA